CAACCCUUCCCCUCCCUGCCUUUUUUUUUUCCCCCUCUCUCCUCCCAUCCGCGCCGAGGGAGCGGCUCUCGGAGAUGGGGGUCGGGUGCUGAGCAGCCCCCCCCCACCCCUCCCCCGGCCUCUCCUGCACUCACACCCCCACCGGGAUCGUUUGCACUACCCCCGCACACCCACCCGGGGACAAGAGCACUCGAGGUGAAGGAUAAAAUAAUCAACUAGAAUCAGCACUUUGAAUGAAAUUCUGUUUCCCUGUGGCAUCUUGAACACUUUCUUUGGGUUUUGGAACAGACUUUUAACCUUGUGGCAUAGCAGCUAUGCAGCUUGAAAUCCAAGUAGCACUCAAUUUUAUUAUUUCAUAUUUGUACAAUAAGCUUCCCAGACGACGUGUCAACAUUUUUGGUGAAGAGCUUGAAAGACUUUUGAAGAAGAAGUAUGAAGGACACUGGUAUCCGGAAAAGCCAUACAAAGGAUCAGGGUUUAGAUGUAUACACAUAGGGGAGAAAGUGGACCCGGUUGUAGAACAAGCAUCCAAAGAGAGUGGUUUGGACAUUGAUGAUGUUCGUGGCAACUUGCCUCAGGAUCUCAGUGUUUGGAUCGACCCGUUUGAGGUGUCCUACCAAAUCGGUGAGAAGGGACCAGUGAAAGUGCUUUAUGUGGAUGAUAAUGAAAAUGGAUGUGAGUUGGAUAAGGAGAUCAAGAACAGCUUUAACCCAGAGGCCCAGGUGUUCAUGCCAAUUAGUGACCCAGCAUCUUCAGUGUCUAGCUCUCCUUCUCCUCCCUUUGGUCACUCUGCUGCUGUCAGCCCGACUUUCAUGCCCCGCUCCACCCAGCCUUUAACCUUCACCACUGCCACAUUUGCCGCCACCAAGUUUGGCUCCACCAAAAUGAAGAACAGUGGCCGCAGCAACAAGGUCGCCCGCACCUCUCCCACCAACCUUGGCUUGAAUGUCAAUGACCUGUUGAAGCAGAAGGCCCUUUCCUCCUCCAUGCACUCUCUCUAUGGGCUUGGCCUAGGCAGUCAGCAGCAGCAACAGCAGCAGCAGCAGAAGACUUCUGCUCUUUCUCCUAACGCGAAGGAAUUCAUCUUCCCCGGCAUGCAGGGUCAAGGUAGUACAGGUAGCAUCUUUCCUGGGGAUGGCCCCCUUAACCUCAGCCCUCUCCAGUACAGCAAUGCCUUUGAUAUGUUUGCAGCCUAUGGAGGUCUCAAUGAGAAGUCUUUUGUGGAUGGCUUGAAUUUUAGUUUAAACAACAUGCAGUAUUCUAACCAGCAAUUCCAGCCAGUCAUGGCUAACUGAAGGCAGAAGUCAAGCACCAGUAGAUGCUGUUGUACCAGUUCCAAUGCACGUACCCAAGGGUGUAUCUUUUUUCCACCUCUUGAGAUUUUUGGUUUUUUUAAGGCUUGUAGUAUGAAUACAUUCAGGCUUGGUUAGAUAAAUAAGACAUGCAUCAUUUUUUUUCAUUUGCCAACCAAGCACAAGAUUAUUUUAUACUGACUGUACAUUACAAAUAUACUCUCCAGAUAUGGCCUCUUACAGUAUUUAAGAUCCAGCAAGGAUGUGGCUGGUUUCCUGCAGGUGUGUGCACAGCACACCUCCAGAAAGCUGGCACCAAUAGGUGGGGUUAUUGGUCUUUUUCUAAUUGUAUAAUUUAAUUUAGUACAAAGUUUGUAAAAUAUCAGAGUAAAUAUAUUGUUUCUACAACAUGGUAUUGCAUUUAUAUCUUUUUACUACAGUGAUCUGUGACAGCUGCAGCAGCUUCAUGUUGUAUUUUUUUUACUGAAAUUGUAAGAUACCCAUCUUAAAGACAUCAAUUCUAAAAAACAAACACAAAAAAAGAUAAAAAGUUGUGUACAGAAUAUUCCUUAGUGGUGGAAUUCCAAUGUACGAAAUACUUGCUUUUUUCAAAAGAAACACAAAUUGUAUUUUCUGUUAAAAGUUUAAAGAUUUUUGCUAUAUAUUAUGGACAAAAAUGUAAUCGUAAAUAUUAAUUUUGUACCUACAUUGUGCAAUACUUGAAAAAAGGUAUAAAAGUAUUUUGAGUCAGUGUCUUACAUGUUAAGAGGGACUGAAAUAGUUUAUAUUAAGUUUGUAUUAAAAGUCUUUAAAAUGACCUGCCUGUGCUGUUUUCACUGCUCUGCCGAGCACUGCCAGGGCAGAGGCUGCUGUGCUGCUGCACCACAGGCCUGGCUGGCUGCUCCUGCAGCACCUGCUGGAGGUGUUCACCUGCCCUUCCUUGAGAGAGC